AUGCAGCUGCAGCAGCGGCAGCUCCCCGGUGGCCCCAUGCCGGUGCCGCUCGUGGUGCCGGCUCUGGCUGUGCCGAGAUCCCGCUGGAAGGGGAUCCCAGCCAGGGACCACAUUGACACCAACCGGGGGAACCCCGGGCCGGGCUCCGACAGCGCCACGGGACGGAGGGAGAAACGCUCCCGCCUGAAAAAGCGCUCCGGUCCUGCGGCGCUCGUGCACCGCUGCACCCGUGGCUUCCCCCGCGGUGGCGCGGUCGCUCCCCCCGCGGCCCUCGGCUCCUGCGGCGCCGGCUUCUUUGGUUGCUCCCCCUACGGCACGCUUCGGUCGCUCCCGGCGCGGCUCCCGGGGCGGCGCGGCUCGGUUCCUGCAGCGGCGGCUUUGAUCCCGGGGCGGCGCGGCUCGGCUUUCGCGGCGGCUCCGCUCUCGGGGUGGCGUGGCUCGGCUCCCGCGGUGGCGGUGCACCCGUGCCGAGCCAGCCUGGGCCAGGAAGGCAGCCGGAGAUGGAGCCAGAGCUCGGAGCUGGUGCUCCAUGAGAAGCUCCAUGAUGGGGAGAAGCCCCACACGUGCGUGGAGUGUGGGAAGAGCUUCAGCUGGACCUCAAGCCUGAUCCUGCAGCAGGUGAUCCACUCUGGUGAACGGCCCUAUGAGUGUGAGUGUGGGAUGAUCUUCAGACGGCGCUCUCACCUGAUCAGGCACCAGGUGAUCCCCACCAGGGAGAAGCCCUACCAGUGUGGGCAAUGUGGGAAGAGCUUCAGCAGGAGCUCCGGCCUCAUCGAGCACCAGAGGACACACACUGGAGAGAGGCCGUACGAGUGUGCAGAGUGUGGAAGGAGAUUCAGCCACUAUUCUGCACUGAUCGUGCACCUAAAGAUCCACACUGGGGAGAGGCCCUACGAGUGUUCCAAGUGUGGGAAGAGGUUUAAGACCAGCUCCUAUCUCCUCCUGCACUAUUGGAUUCACAUGGACGAGAGGCUCUUCCAAUGCCCUGAGUGCGGGAAGGGAUUCAGGGACAACUCCACCCUCAUGCAGCAUCAACGCAUCCACACCAUGGAGAGACCCCAUGAGUGUGAGGAGUGUGGGAAGAGCUUCAAAAGGAGCUCCUACCUGAUCAGCCAUCAGAUGAUCCACAAUGGGGAGAGGCCCUACGAGUGUUCCGAGUGUGGGAAGGGCUUUACGAGCAGCUCCCAUCUCCUCCUGCACUAUCAGAUUCACACAGAGGAGAGGCCCUUCCGCUGCGCCGACUGUGGAAAGGGGUUCAUGCAGAACUCCCACCUCAUCAUCCAUCAGCGCAUCCACACUGGGGAGAGGCCCUAUGAGUGUCCCCAGUGUGGGAAGAGCUUCUCCAGCAGCUCUCACUUGACCCGAAACCAACGGAGGCACCGUCCAAAAGCCAAGAGGGAUGGAUCUGUCACCUCAAAACCACUCAAAUCCCAGUGAAAACUGCUUGAUCUUACCCGGAAAGGAUUCAGGCCCACAUCAAAACGGUUUUUUCCCACCUCAAACAAACUCUACCUCUUUACAAAUUCACUUGAUUCCACAGCCACUGACAUGGCUUAGAUGGAGUUGGGAAGAGAUUGGGAGAUGUGGGAUCUCAAUUUCAAGUGCUGGGAUCUCAAUUUCAAGUGCUAGGGACUGGGUGUGUGGGAUGUAUUUAUAGCAAAUAAAACUCCCAGACUUACUGCUUUC